UAUGCAUCUUUUGCAAGUACUGAAAAAGGUCAACAAGACAUUCUCAGAGGCCUAAAUUAUGCAUCUGCAGGAUCUGGAAUUCUUAAUGAAACUUCCAAAAACCACCUUGGAGAAGUAAUUAGCUUGGCCCAGCAGUUACAGAAUCACGGAAAAAUUGUCUCAGAAAUUAUGAGAAUAAAAGGAGACAAGAAAUCAGCAGCAGAUCAUCUAGGACAGUGCAUAUAUACAAUCGGAACGGGCAGUAGCGAUUACAUGAACAAUUACUUCUUGCCUGUCUUUUAUACUACAAAGAACCAAUAUACACCUGAGCAAUACGCCACAGUUCUUGUUCAGCAAUAUUCACAACAUCUAAAGGAUUUAUACAACUAUGGAGCGAGGAAGAUAGCCAUAUUCGGAUCAGGUUUAAUUGGUUGUACUCCAGGAAGUUUUGAAAUGGAUAACACAGAUGAAAUUAAAUGUGUAGACUCCAAGAACUUGGUAGUCAAAAUAUUUAACGAUAACCUCAUACGGCUAGUUGAUGAACUCAAUAACAAUCUUCCGGGUGCCAAAUUUAUCUGUGUCAACAUGUUUGGGAUUUCUUCUACCCCUAUACCUGGAGUUACGGUGAUAAAGACUCUAUGCUAUGAAUAG